AACACAGCUCAUUGUUGGCAAGUGCCGGGGAGCCUCGCCGGGGAGUGGGAAACAGCUCUGGGGCUGCGGCAGCGGUCGCCGCGCCGUCACGCAGCACCGAGGAGGGGGCCGGGGAAGCCCUCUCUAUGCGGGGUGACUUUUACUGACUGAUUUCACCGCCGCCUUUGAAGCAGAAGAAGAAAGAAGCCGGGAGGUGGGCAAUGGCAGACCACAUGAUGGCCAUGAACCACGGGCGAUUCCCCGACGGAUCCGGCGGGCUUCACCACCACCCCGCGCAUCGGAUGGGCAUGGGGCAGUUUCCCACCCCCCACCACCACCACCAGCAGCAGCCGCCGCCGCAGCAGCACGCCUUCAGCGCCCUGAUGGGCGACCAUAUACAUUACGGAGCUGGGAAUAUGAACGCGAGCGGCGGGGUGAGGCACGCCAUGGGGCCGGGGGGCGUCAGCGGAGGGCACCCGGCCGGCAGCAUGCCGCCCCCCGCCCGCUUAGGGGCCCCCCGGUCUCAGAGCGCCAGCAUGCAGCUCCAGAAGCUGAACAACCAGUACUUCAGCCACCACCCCUACCCCCACAGCCACUACAUGCCGGACUUGCACCCCGGCAGCCACCAGCUGAACGGCAGCAGCCAGCAGCAUUUCAGGGACUGCAACCCCAAGCACGGCGGCAGGGGCGGCGGCGCAUUGCCGCCCGCCGUCCCCCACGUCCCCGCGGCAAUGCUGCCGCCCAAUGUCAUAGACACUGACUUCAUCGACGAGGAGGUCCUCAUGUCCUUAGUCAUCGAAAUGGGGCUGGAUCGCAUCAAGGAGCUUCCCGAGCUGUGGUUGGGACAGAACGAGUUUGACUUCAUGACGGACUUCGUUUGCAAACAGCAGCCCAGCAGGGUGAGCUGCUGA